GAGAAGAACUCCACCAACCUCUUCAGAGCCGAGUUCCGAGCCCUUCGUGUCCCCAACUCUAGCGCCAAGAGGAACGAGCAGAGGAUUGAGCUCUACCAGAUCCUGCGGCCAGACGACCACAUAGCCAAGCAGCGCUACAUCGGGGGCAAGAACGCCCUGACCAAAGGAAUGCCAGAGUGGGUCUCCUUCGAUGUCACAGACACAGUCAGGGAAUGGCUUAUGUACCGAGAGACCAACCUGGGCCUGGAGAUCAGUGUGCACUGCCCCUGCCACACCUUCAACCCCAAUGGUGACAUCAUCGAAAACGUCAACGAGGUGCUAGAUGUCAAGUUCAGAGGUCAGAUGACACGAGGUGCCUCAUUUUGUAUGACAAUCCUUUUUGGCUUUUCCACUGCUCUUCACAGCCCCUCUUUCUUUCCGUACGAGCUCUGAUUUAGAAAAAGACCCUCUGAAGUCUUAUCCAGUGAACAUGGGCCUCAAUGGUUGAUAGUUAUUUGGCACUUUUUUAUGAGAGAAAGAGAGAGAGAGAAAAUAUCAUGGGAAUACAAUUGGUCUGGUAUCUCACUUAGGAUUGGGGGCCCCUGGUCCUGGGAAC